AAACAUGGAACCUAUAUUCUCCCUAGAUAGCGCAUUCAAGCAUCGUGAUCAGAAAUAAGACGGGUUCACAUUAGCAUUAUUAAUUUCGCAAGCUAUCGACCAAGCUGUUUUUACUAACUGAAUUUGUAAUCGUCGGCAAGUUUACGUUUUCCCCUGUUUCAAGAAGAUACCGAAAAUUUUUGGCAUGGCUGAAUCUCAAACUUUAAAAGAUAUCCCCUAUGCAAUUCAAUCUGGACGACUAUCAGUACGUAAACAAGUAUUUCAGCACUUAGAUGAGAUAACUAGGAAAAAUGCUCAGCCACAGACAUUUAAAUCAAUUUGUAAGUUGUUACAAAUCACUCUUCCUCGUUAUUCAGACAGAAAAUCUACAACACUCGUUGAAAAUUUCGUCAAAUUGUUGGUGAAUACUCAACCCACAAGUGUACCAUACCUAAUCAAAACUAUUAAAGAUGUAGCAGACACUUAUAAAGAUUUGUACUGCACGAAAGGAGUUGCACAUAUCUGUUAUGCAGCAUUUGGCUGGUCCUGCCAUGUGGCCAAUGCAUAUUUCAAUAUCGAAAAUGAAAAGGAGGAUUUCCAAACCCUUCUUCAAAGUCAAGCUGUAUUAUUAUUUUGUGUAACAGGUGCUCAAAGCAAAUUUUUGAACUGUAAAAUUUAUGCAUGUGCAACAAACUUAUGGAAACAGAAUCAAAAAAUUGUUGAAGCAUACUUAAUUAAUUUAAAGAUACUUCCUGAAACUCAACAUUCAUUGAACCUAAUUGGCUUUUUUAUAAAGUUUUUGGUCGAAAAGAAACUUAGAGAUGCACUUUCACAAAUUAAGGAGCAUUCUAUUCAAUUGCUUUGUAAAGUUAUUAUAGGAAGUAAAAUCAAACCUCAACUCCACAUUUUAGAAUCAUGUAGUUCACUUUUACGACAAGUUACACAUGAUGAUUUCAAAAGUAUUCUUCUGCCCUCUCUGCAAAAAGCAUUGCUUAGGAACCCGGAAAUAAUAUUUGAAACUGUCUGCAAAAUUCUCUCAAGCGUAUCAUUGGACUUGAGUCAGUAUGCCUUGGAUAUUGGUAAAAGUCUCGGUGUUCACUUGCAUUCGAAAGAAGAUCAGUGUAGAGAGGAUGCUGUGACAGCUACUAAAUGCUUAGCUCAGCAAUGUAGUAGCUCUCAAGCUGUGAAGGAUUUAGUUGAACAUUAUUUUGCAAUUUUGAAUGGUUCUGAAGGCAAACUCACUGUGGUAACACAAAGAAUUGGAGUUUUAAGUGGAAUUGGGAAUCUAAGCUAUAAUAUUGUUACUGGUUCUACAUCUAUUCAAGCACUGUGUGAAAUGGCUGCUGAAAAUUUUAUACAAUUCCUUAAACAUGAAGUUCAUGAAGGUACAAUAUUGCACACUCUUUCCAUGCUUUCACUGUGGUGUGCGAAAUUCACCAUGCAGGUGCCACCUAGUGUAAUGGAACUAUUUCAGAAUUGUCUAGUUCAGAAGAAUUCAACAUUUUCCAUUCGCAACAGCUAUAUUCUUUGUAUGAAGACUGCUUUUCAUGGCAACACAUUGCACCAAGCUUUAGAUUUAAUUCCUGUCCUAGAGAAAGCCUACAAUAAAGCGAUCAGUCAACCCACCCAAACUAAUGCUGUUGUUGAAGGAUUGUCAGCAUUUAGUCUUUUUUUGAAUUUGUACUCAUAUGAUAGUGAAUCUGAAACAAAGCUGAAAAAUGUGAUGAACGUAGAUGUGAACAAGCUGCCUUUUUUCGCUGAAAAGUUCCUUUCUUAUGUUACAGAUGAUGUUCUUUUAUCUGUGAUGUAUGUUAUUGAAAAAUUAGUUAUGGAGCAUGGACAUGGAUUUAAAGAAGAAUCUAACCUUCUUAUGAGAGCAAUUCUUUUCAUACUCACAAGACCAACGUUUAAGAUUCGAAUGCAAGCAUCUGGACACCUAAAAAAGAUGCUCUCUGCCUUGGGUGGAACUCGAUUGGCUUGCGCCUUACUCAAAGAAUUUCCGUCAUUCCUGGAGACUGUUAAAAUUAAAAAACCAUCUAAGAAUGAUGACCAAGAGGCAGAGUCUGACAAUGGGGAUGUUAAUGUUCAAGUUCUUCAGAGUUGUUUAUUUGCUUUGUGCAGUGGAUCCAAUUUAGAUGAACAAGAAGUCCAUCAAAUUUGUAUGGAUUGUCUGAUUCCCUCACAUUUAGAUGUUAUCUAUCAGUCGAAUUCUUCUCUGUGGCAAAAGAUAGCUACAAAAUUACAUCAAAAACCUGCAGAAUAUUUAAAAUUGAAAAAAGAUGAGGUAGUUGAUUUAGUCAUAGAUGAUAACAAUUCAGAAAAUAUUGCACAGGCCAAAUUGAAUGUAUUAAAAACGUUAGUGCAGUUACAACCCAAAGAAAUUGUUCCUGCUAUUGUUUCCUUCACAAUUAAUUUACUAAAAGACAAUGCAUUUGGGCUUGUCACUAAAGAAGAGUACCAUAUAUUCCUUACUCCUGAUGGAGAACUAUAUGAUGCAUCUGUCAUUGAAAAUUUAAAAGAGCACACAAAUAUCAAUAAGAAUAUCAAGAGGGAAAGUAAGCUUUACUCCUACAAAGAACAGAUGGAGGAAAUUGAACUAAAAAAGGAAAUUGAAGCUAAGAAGAGAGCCAAAGGUAUGACAAAAGAGCCAGAACUGACUAAGAAACAACUGGAAGCUAAGAAGGCUCAACUUGAGAAAGAAGCUGUAAUUAGAGCCAAUAUAAAAGAAAUAGAUAGUCGUUUCCAGCGUGCCUUAGAUAAACUUCAGACUUUAAUUGAUGCAAAUGCAACAGCAUUAGGUUUCUACAUUAAAGACUUGACCUCUACCUUAAUUAAUCUGUUUUCAUCUCCCUUAUGUGCCUACAGAGCAACACACAUGUAUGUGAACCUGUCACAUGUGGUUUCAGCUGGUGUUCUUCUUACAUGGGGAAAACCGAUUGCAUAUGCAACCUUAAGACUGAUAACUGCUGCUUGCGAUCUUGAACCAUCCUGGACUGAAAUUGAUCUUGAUGAGAUUGUGUCUAAAAUAAUCAAAUUUCUGUACCUAAGUACGUGUGCUGCAGCAGCUUCUGGAUAUGAUGAGCAACUUCUAUCCCAAACAGCUCAAAACCAUUUGAGUGCUCCUAGUUUUUCAUAUUGUUUCCCGUUGUUCCAGCGCCUGCUCUUGACUCGAACAUCAAAUAUGGAAUUGCUCGAACAGAUCUUGUCUAUCAUAGGAGAGCAUUCAGAAAUCCGAGCCAUCGACACAUCUAUUGAUAAAAUUUAUCAAGAGUGUGUUCCAACCUUAGCAAUGUUUGAUGUCCUUAUCAAAGUGAUUUGCCAAACUACUGGCCAAAUUCAGACCUUAGCUAUGAAAACUUUACUGAAAACUGCUGAAGCUGUAUCAGGAGAUGAUAAUUGUUCUGUUGCUGAAAUGCCUGAAAUCGACAUAUUAUUAUCAGCUCUUUUUCUAAAUGAUGAGCAAGCCAGGCUGUCUGCUUUGCAAAGUUUAAGUGCAAUUGAGAUGGUGUUGCCGACCCCCGAUGCAGAUUAUGAAGAUGGUAUGCAUGUUAUGCAAAGAAUUUUUGUUGCUUGUUAUGAUGAAGCAGAGCAAAAUAAGAAAAUAGCAAAAGAAUUAUGGAAUAACUUAGGUUUUGCUGAGCAUCCAGAGUUAUGCCGUCGAUUACUUAAAGACAUAGUACAUAAGGAAGUUCUAGUGAGACAAAGUGCAGCGAAUGCACUUGCUGCUUUAUUUAAAGUAUUUCCUGAAAACUUACAAGACACAAUUGAUGAUCUUUUAAAAAUUUAUGAAGAAAAGCUAUAUAUGCCUCCUCCAGUAUUGGAUAGUUUGCAUAGAGUUGUGUCUACCUCUCCUCCUGACCAAUGGGAAGCCAGAAGUGGGAUUGCGUUAUGUCUUGGGAAGCUAGCAGAACAUUUGAGCCAUAAUCAAGUGGUGGCAUUAAUGUCCUUUUUUGUUCCUGACGGCUUAGGUGAUAGGCAUCCCACAGUUAGAAAACAUAUGCUCGAUGCAGCAGUUGCGAUAAUCGAUGUUCAUGGCAAGGUUCAAGAAGCCGUAGCAAAUUGUCUUCCACCUUUAGUGCCUGCUAUAAAAGAUGAAGCACCAGCUCUUGUAAAUACUAUACUAGAACUUCUUCUUGGAUCAUCAAGUUAUGGAGAAAGGAAAGGUGCUGCAUAUGGUCUUGCUGGUUUAGUAAAAGGACUUGGAAUUUUAUCGUUGAAACAGCUGAAUAUCAUGAAUACUUUAACAGAUGCUAUUCAAAAUAAGAAGAAUUACAAGCACAGAGAAGGUGCAUUAUUUGCCUUUGAAAUGCUCUGUAAUAUGUUGGGAAGAUUAUUUGAACCAUAUGUGGUGAAUUUCUUACCUCAUCUCCUGAAUUGUUUUGGUGAUGGAAAUCAAUAUGUUAGAGAGGCAACUGAUGAUACAUCAAAAGCUGUCAUGAGUCGCCUUAGUGCUCAUGGAGUCAAACUUGUUUUACCAUCUUUAAUUAAAGCUCUGGAAGAGGAUUCUUGGAGGACAAAAACUGGUUCUAUUGAAUUGUUGGGUGCAAUGGCAUUUUGUGCCCCCAAACAGUUAUCUUCCUGUCUACCAAGCAUAGUACCUAAACUGAUUGAAGUUCUUUCUGAUUCUCAUAUGAAUGUUCAAAAUGCUGGUGCUCAGGCUCUUAAACAGAUUGGUUCUGUAAUUAGGAAUCCAGAAAUUCAAGCAAUUGUUCCCACUUUGUUGGAUGCAUUGCAAGACCCAUCAAAGAAAACUUCCCCUUGUUUAGUAGCUCUUUUAGAUACAAGAUUUGUCCAUUUUAUUGAUGCACCUUCCCUAGCUUUAAUAAUGCCUGUUGUUCAGAGGGCUUUUCAAGACCGGUCUACUGAAACACGCAAAAUGUCAGCCCAAAUUAUUGGAAACAUGUAUUCUUUAACAGAUCAAAAAGAUCUUGCUCCGUAUUUGCCCAACAUAAUUCCUGGAUUGAAACAAUCACUACUUGAUCCAGUACCUGAGGUAAGAAGCGUGUCUGCUCGUGCUUUGGGUGCUAUGGUGAAAGGAAUGGGAGAAAGUAGUUUUGAUGAUUUGUUGCCUUGGCUCAUGCUGACUCUUACAUCAGAAUCCAGCUCUGUGGACCGAUCUGGUGCUGCUCAAGGUUUAAGUGAAGUUAUUGGUGGCUUAGGUGUGGAAAAAUUAAAAUCAUUUAUGCCAGAAAUAAUUGCUACAGCUGAAAGAAUGGACAUUGCUCCUCACGUCAAAGAUGGUUAUAUAAUGAUGUUCAUUUAUCUACCUAUGGUCUUUAAGAAGGAAUUUACUCCAUACAUUGGACAGAUCAUAAAUCCAAUUUUAAAAGCAUUAGCUGAUGAAAAUGAAUAUGUAAGAGAUACUGCGUUGAGAGCUGGUCAAAGAAUAGUUAACAUGUAUGCUGACACUGCCAUUACACUGUUAUUACCUGAGCUUGAAAGAGGGUUGUUUGAUGAUAAUUGGAGAAUACGUUACAGUUCUGUGCAGCUACUUGGUGAUCUGUUGUACAAAAUAUCUGGUGUGAGUGGUAAAAUGACUACAGAAACAGCUGAUGAAGAUGAUAAUUUUGGAACAGAGCAGUCCCAUAAAGCUAUUCUGGGCUCCCUCGGUGCAGAUAGACGUAACAGAGUGCUUGCGGGUCUUUACAUGGGUCGUUCAGAUGUUGCUCUUAUGGUGAGGCAGGCUGCAUUGCAUGUCUGGAAAAUUGUUGUUACCAAUACACCCAGAACUCUCAGAGAAAUUCUACCUACUCUGUUUACUCUUCUACUUGGCUGUCUUGCUAGCAAUAGUUAUGACAAAAGACAAGUUGCAGCCCGAACUUUAGGUGACCUUGUUCGUAAACUGGGUGAGAGGGUGUUGCCAGAAAUCAUACCUAUUUUGGAGAAUGGUUUAGAUUCUGAUCGUCCUGAUCAAAGGCAAGGAGUUUGCAUUGGUUUAAGUGAAAUAAUGGCAUCAACGAGUAGAGAAAUGGUUCUGACUUUUGUUGACAGUUUAGUGCCUACUGUCAGACGUGCUUUAAGUGAUCCCCUGCCUGAAGUGCGUCUUGCAGCAGCAACUACAUUUGAUAGUCUCCAUUCUACAGUUGGAGUUAGAGCUUUAGAUGACAUCUUACCUCAUUUGCUUAGACAGUUGGGUAAUCCAGCUCAAUCUGAAUAUGCUCUAGAUGGUUUGAGGCAAGUAAUGGCUAUUAAAAGUAAAGUUGUUUUGCCAUAUCUUGUUCCACAGCUGACAGCUCCACCUGUGAACACAAAAGCCUUAUCAUUCUUAUCUGCUGUAGCAGGAGAUGCUCUUACUAGGCACUUGCCAAAAAUUCUACCUGCUCUUUUAACAGCUUUGAGUUCUGCGAUCAACACACCCACUGAAAUACAGACUUUAGAGUAUUGCCAAACUGUUGUUUUGGCGGCAACUGAUGACUUAGGUGUGCGAACAAUUGUUGAUCAGCUUUUGGAAGCUACAAGAAGUGAAGAUCCUCUACGAAGGCACGCUGCUGUUGCUUUGUUGUGUUCAUAUUGUUGCCAGAAGAAAGUUGAUAUUUCUCAACAUGUGCCUCAGUUAAUCCGUGGCCUUAUCCGCUUAUUUACUGAAAAGGAUCAGAAAGUACUUCAGCUUAGUUGGGAAGCUUUAAAUGCCGUAACAAAGAAUUUAGGUCCCUCAGAACAGUUGAAAAGCAUAAAUGAUGUGAGGCAAGCAGUCAGAUUUGCUGCUAGUGACUUAAAAGGCGAAGAACUUCUGCCUGGUUUUUGUCUUGCGAAGGGUAUAUCUCCCAUUUUACCAAUCUUUAGGGAAGCCAUCUUGAAUGGAGUGUCGGAAGAUAAGGAGCAGGCAGCGCAAGGUCUUGGUGAAGUUAUUAAACUCACAAGUUCAGAUGCUUUGAAACCUUCAGUCGUUGUAAUUACUGGACCUUUGAUAAGAAUUCUAGGUGACCGAUACAACUGGCCCACUAAAGUGGCAUUUUUAGAAACACUGGCACUACUGCUAGCUAAGGUAGGACAAAUGUUGAAACCCUUUUUACCUCAACUGCAAACAACAUUUUUGCGAUCUCUUAGUGAUGGGCAUCGCUCUGUGAGGUUGAGAUCUGCAAGUGCUUUAAGUUACCUCAUUUUAGUGCACAAUAAGCCUGAUGUUUUAUACUUAGAACUGCACAACGCUGUAAAAAGCUCUGAAGAUAAUUCCUUAAAAGAGACUAUGCUACAUGCUUUGCGUUGCACAAUUAAGCAAGCUGGUGAUAAGAUGUCUGAUCAGAUGAAAAGGAAUAUUGUUACCACGGUUACCGGCAUGUUGGGUUAUCCAGAUGAUUCCUGUAGAGUGGUUGCCGCUGCUUGUGUGGGAACUUUAUGUGGAUUUUUAUCGGAUGACGAGUUUGAAGAUAUUGCCAGAGAAAACUUGUUAGAUGAUGAUACUUCUCUAGACUGGACCCUUAGACAUGGAAGAAGUGUUGCAUUAAUGGUUUGUUUGAAGGAAGCACCCACCAGAAUUCUGAAUGAUGAUUGGGCAGAAAGAAUAAUCAAAGUGCUCUUAGUCUAUAUCACAGCUGAUAGGCUUGCCAUAGUCUUGAGUGGUGUGAGAGCUGUAGGCUAUUACAUGCUAUAUAUGUUACAACAAGAGAAACCUAUCCCUCAGUUACUGCUAACUACAUUUGCUAAAAGCAUGAAUCACACAACAAAUGAAGUGAAACAAACAGUAGCCCUCACAAUACACUUCUUAUCUAGAAAAUUACCUUUACCUAUUUAUUUCAUGAAAACCGUUGUUCCCCAUUUAGUGAAUGGAACAAAAGAAAAGAACACGAUAGUCAAGGCAAAUAGUGAAUUUGCCUUAGUUUCUCUACUAAAUUUGCGUACAAAUGAAGAAACUGCUCAGGCUUGCUUAAAUGCAAUGGAUGCCGGUGCAAGAGAAGCUUUGCAAGAUGUUGUGACCAAAGUUUUAAAGAAGGUUGCAAGCCAACCUGAGCCAAAGGAAGAAGAUUUAGAUGAUACUUUGCUUACCUGACAAAAUUUUAAACCCCUAGGAUUAAAGACAUUUUUUUUCAUUCAAAUGAAGGGCAGACCAAAAUUACCUGCUCAGCAAUAUCAUUACAACAAAGACUUUGAAUUUAAUUCCAAUAAUAAAAUUUUAAAAUUA